UGGAUCGAACCCGAUACCCGGCUUCUUCCAGCCGCCGCCGCCGAAUUCUGAAACCCGAAACCCCAACGCCGCCGCCGGAGAUGGCAGCGUACCUGAGCAUGGGCGAGGCGCACCGCCGCAUCGGCGACUACCUCUCCCGCGUGGUCGACGCUAUCUCCUCGUCGGACGGCGCUGCGCUCGCCUCCCUCUUCGCAGUCUCCGCGCCCGGUUCCACCCUUCUCUCCGACGCCCUCGCCGCCUUCCCCGACUUCCCGCGCCUCGCCGGCGACCGCUUCCCGCACCUCGCUGACCUCCUCGUCCCGCUGCUCCGCGCCAUCCACUCCCACUCCCUCCAGCGUUUCGCUGACGCCUACUCCUCGUUCGAGAAGGCCGCCAAGUUCGUCCCGCUUCCUCCGGAUUCGGUUCAAUGUGUUGGAUUCUUUGAAUAUUUGACGUGGUUUUGGUUGCAGCGCAUUCCUGCAGGAGUUCAGGAACUGGGAGACACCGUGGGCGAUGGAGGCGAUGCACACUGUGGCUCUCGAGAUCAGGCUGCUCGCCGAGAAGAUAGGGAGCUUGCGAUGACCGGUAAGAACCCUGACAAGCUUCAGGCAGCUGGGUCCUUCCUGAUGAAAGUUUUCGGCGCACUAGCGGUGAAAGGACCUAAGCGUAUUGGAGCACUCUAUGUUACCUGCCAGCUAUUCAAAAUUUACUUCAGGCUUGGAACAGUAAACCUUUGUCGUAGUGUCAUAAGAAGUAUCGAAACUGCCAGGAAUUUCGAUUUUGAAGAUUUUCCAGUGAAAGAUAAGGUCACUUACAUGUAUUACACUGGGCGCCUGGAGGUGUUCAAUGAGAACUUUCUUGUCGCAGAUCAGAAGCUAACUUAUGCUUUGAUGCAUUGCAAUCCUCAAAGCGAGUCAAAUUUGAGGAGAAUUUUGAAGUUUCUUAUCCCCGUAAAGCUUUCAAUAGGUGUACUGCCAAAAAGGACCCUCCUGGAGAGAUACAAUCUGCUUGAGUAUGCAGAUGUUAUGACUUCACUUAAGAGAGGGGAUCUCAGGCUUCUCAGGCAAGCCCUAGACAGGCAUGAAGACCAAUUUUUGAAAUCUGGUGUCUACCUUGUAUUGGAGAAACUUGAACUUCAGGUCUAUCAGAGACUAGUUAAGAAAAUCCAUAUCAUUCAGAGGCAGAAGGAACCAGCCAAGGCACAUCAAAUUAAGCUAGGUGUUGUCGUAAAAGCUCUGAAAUGGCUUGAAAUCGACAUGGAUGUCGAUGAGGUGGAGUGUAUCAUGGCAUGCCUCAUAUACAAGAACCUCAUAAAAGGUUACUUUGCUCACAAGAGCAAGGUCCUUGUCCUCAGCAAACAAGACCCGUUCCCGAAGCUGAACGGGAAGCCUGUUUAGUCACAGGAUCUUUAAUGAUCAUCUUGUAAUUCUGGUGAAUGUUGCUCAUCGAUUGAUGUUUGGGCAUGCAUUUUCAUAGUUACUGAAACCCUUGUCUGACAAAAACACUCUCGGAUGUAACUUCUAUCAAUGUAUCAUUGUUGGCCGUCAAUUUGGGAGCGAUGGUUUCCCGUACGAUGGGUAGUUUGCACCCUAACAUGUCUUUUCAAGUA